AUGCCAGCGAUCGCGGUGCUGGCGGCGGCGGCCGCGGCGUGGUGCUUCCUCCAGGUGGAGAGCCGGCACCUGGACGCGCUGGCGGGCGGCGCGGGCCCCAACAACGGCAAUUUCCUAGACAAUGACCAGUGGCUGAGCACCGUCUCCCAGUACGACCGGGACAAGUACUGGAACCGCUUUCGAGACGAUGAUUAUUUCAGAAGCUGGAAUCCCAACAAGCCCUUUGACCAAGCCCUGGACCCAUCCAAAGACCCCUGCCUGAAGGUGAAAUGCAGCCCUCACAAAGUAUGCGUGACCCAGGACUACCAGACGGCCCUGUGUGUCAGCCGCAAGCACCUGUUCCCCAGGCAAAAGAAGGGGAGCGUGGCUCACAAACACUGGGUCGGACCCUCGAAUCUGGUGAAGUGCAAGCCAUGCCCCGUCGCACAGUCUGCCAUGGUCUGCGGCUCUGACGGCCACACCUACACUUCCAAGUGCAAGUUGGAGUUCCAUGCUUGUUCUACUGGCAAAAGCUUCACCGUCCUCUGUGAUGGGCCCUGUCCAUGUCUCCCAGAGCCUGAGCCACCAAAACUCAAGACACAAAAGAAUGCCUGCACAGAUAAGGAGUUGAGGAACCUCGCAUCCCGCCUGAAAGACUGGUUUGGAGCCCUUCACGAGGAUGCCAACAGGAUCAUCAAGCCCACCAGCUCUGAUGCAGCCCAAGGCAGAUUUGACACCAGCAUCUUGCCCAUCUGCAAGGACUCCCUGGGCUGGAUGUUCAACAAGUUGGACAUGAAUUAUGACCUCCUGCUUGACCACUCAGAGAUCAAUGCCAUCUACCUGGAUAAGUAUGAGCCCUGCAUCAAGCCUCUCUUCAACUCCUGUGACUCCUUCAAGGAUGGCAAGCUCUCCAACAAUGAGUGGUGCUACUGCUUCCAGAAGCCUGGAGGUCUCCCUUGCCAGAAUGAAAUGAACAGGAUUCAGAAGCUGAGCAAGGGGAAAAGCCUGCUGGGAGUGUUCAUCCCUCGGUGUAACGAGGAGGGCUAUUACAAAGCCACACAGUGCCACGGCAGCACAGGCCAGUGCUGGUGUGUGGAUAAAUAUGGCAACGAGCUGGCUGGCUCCAGGAAACAGGGCGCCGUGAGCUGUGAAGAGGAGCAGGAGACCUCAGGGGAUUUUGGCAGUGGCGGCGCUGUGGUCCUGCUGGAUGACCUGGAGGACGAGCGGGAGCUGGGACCAAAGGACAGAUCCGGGAAGCUGAGGGUGCACACCCGGGCAGUGACAGAGGAUGACGAGGAUGAGGACGACGACAAAGAGGACGAGGUGGGCUACAUCUGGUAGUCCCCACGAGGAAGAGGACACGAGGUUUGCACCGACCGGCAAGUCACUUCCUACUCUGGCAUUUGUAUCUAAGACCCCACAGCACCAAGGCCUCUUCUCCAUUGUUGCUCUCUGUACCCGACCUGAGGUUUGGAAGACCGCUCCUUGUCCCCCGAACAUUCUGGUCUUGCAUACAGUUGUGUGGGAAGAAGGGUGUUGUGUCCUGUUUUUAUUUAGACAGGGGAGCGGCUGGCUGAGCUGGAGCCUCCUUCCCUCCCGUGAGAGUUGUACAACGCGCAUGUGAAGUUUGUGGGAUUCUGACCGUGCAGGGAGCCCCCACCUUGUAAACGUCCAAGAUGCUUUUCGAUUACCCACACCAGUGGUCAUUCCAGCAUGGUUCCCAGCCUUACGGUGUCUAAGUGCUUUUCUUGUGUCCUGUAGAUGUCGUGGAAAACACACCACACUGUACUUCCUUCUGCCCUAUCCCCACCACCCCUCGUGGUAAUAAUUAAAAAUUCGUUUUUCAU